GAACCGAUUCUUCUUCUCUCUAGCGAGGGACUGGGAAUCGAUUUUACAGAAGGAAGAAAACCUGCAAGGAAACUACGGAUGGUUCAAGGCUGAUUCCUCACUGCAUUAAUGCCAAAAAUAUGAUAGAACAAAAAUACUCCGUCAUUUUUUUAUUUCCCUGUAGCGGCCAAACGCAGAGUAAAUUUGGCCGAUAGGCUUCCAGUGGACGGCAGCAGACUCGGAUCUUCAUCCUCUCUCAUCGGAAAUCUAGAUCUGAUAUUCAUUAGGGAAGCCGAAAUUCUAAAGAGCACUGAUUUCGUUGGGUUAUUCAGGGUGCCUGGCUUUGGAAUGAAUGGUAGGCCGUUGUCCACGUUCAAUGUCUAGUGCCACUUUUGUACCUUUUGAAGGAUUCUUCAUGCCUUUGUCACACAUUUUGGUUUGAUAAUGAAUUAAUGAUAGUGUUUGUAAUUUUAUGUCUGUAUUCUAUGAGGAUUCUUGAGUUGGUUUCUCUUUGUUAAAAAAACAUUGGAUUAAUUGCAUAUUUGAUUCUCCAUAUCUCUUUGUUUAACGACUCAAUCUUCCAAAAUUUGAUUUGAUUCGCUUUCUGAAUUAAAUAUAUACGGAGUACUCAUCGGGGCUAUAUCAUUUAAUUUCGAUUGUGUUUUUAACAAAGAUUGAAGAAUAUGGACGGCGGAGGAGAGACGAUGACAUGGAGGAGGCGGAGGUCUUGCUCGAAGCACGAUUUUCUCCCCAAGGAAUCAUUCAGAGGCGGGGGCGAUUCAAUGCGCUCAAGCAAAUGCCUUCCAGGUUCGUCGAGCGGGUGUUCAGCAGGUCCUACGAAGGGGCAUAGCUGGCCGCCAGAUCCCGGAGCAACCAUGAGAUGAAGAAGAGUCUAUGAUACGGAACGGUAAUGAAGGGCUUCGAGUGCCUUCAAACUCCAAUAGACUAAUUAGGGUUUU